ACCGCUCGCGCUUCCCACGGUGAUGCGCAGUCUCGCUCUCAUCGCUCGCGCUGUGCUUUGGGAGGGCAUCGGGAAAGCCUAUCCAGCUGACGUGAGGGAAAGAGCUGCUUUAAGUGAGUGGGAAUGUAAAUGGGAUGAAAGCUCAAGUCACUGGGUCAGCAGGUCGAACAUUCAAAGCUUCUUAACUGUAGCAGGUGGAAGGAGGAGGAGGAGCGCCCUGGACUCCGCGCGGAGUGUGGAAAGACAUCAGUGGUCUUUUCAUUUACCUGUGCCACAUUUACUUUGCUCGUAUUCGCACUGUGUCUUCACGAUGGACACAUGGACAGCGUAAAGAAAGCGUCACCAAACAGAGGAACGCUUUUCCGCACGCACAGACCAAGUGCGCAAAUGUCUGCUAUGAGAAUGGACAGAGACAGAAAGAGUUGGCACUCCUGGGAGAGCUCGAGUACGGACAGAAGGAGUGCUGCUCGGUCGAUGAAAAGGGAUGUAAAGCGCGGACAGCACUGGACCGUCAUUCUCCUGCUCGCGCUCGCGCUGCAGCCGCAGGUUGUCUGUGCGGUGGGCACAUUCGAGGUCCAGCUUCGACAGUGGGUAAACCCCCAGGGCUUUCUACAGAAUGGUCAGUGCUGUGACCCCCAGGCCAGCGGGGGGCAGCGCUGCUCAUCAGGCGAUCAGUGUGACACCUUCUUCAAGGCCUGUCUGAAGGAGUACCAGGCUCGGGUUGCACCAACCGGCACCUGUACAUAUGGCACUGGCACCACACCUGUCCUGGGUGGCAACUCCCACACCUUACACCAUCACGGAAACGAGGGAAGCGACAGCAGAAAUGGACAAAUUGUUAUCCCAUUUAAAUACGCAUGGCCAAAAUCGUUUUCUCUGGUGAUCGAAGCUCUGGACCAUGACAAUGAAACAUCAGAGGCAGGCAGGGAGAAAUUAAUAGAGCGAGUGCUCCUGUCCUCCAUGCUGAACCCUGGUGAGCAGUGGCAGUCCUUCCGACAUCACGGCCGCACAUUCACUCUGGAAUACCGCCUACGAUUCCGCUGCGACAACAAUUACUACGGCCCACUCUGCAACAAACUCUGUCGAGCACGAGAUGACUUUUUUGGCCAUUUCGACUGUGAUCCUUCUGGUACUAAGGUGUGUAAGGAGGGCUGGACUGGAGCAGAGUGCAGACAGGCUGUGUGUAAGCAGGGAUGUCACUUGGAACACGGCUCCUGCGAUCUGCCUGGAGAUUGCAAAUGUCAUUAUGGCUGGAGGGGUGAACUGUGCGAUGAGUGCGAGACGUUUCCUGGGUGUGAUCACGGCACUUGCACUGAACCCUGGAAGUGUGUGUGUGACACAAACUGGGGCGGCCUGCUCUGUGACAAAGAUCUGAAUUAUUGUGGUAACCAUCAGCCAUGCAAGAACGGGGGUACAUGUACCAACACUGAACCCAACGAGUAUCUGUGUGUGUGCCAGGAGGGUUUCCGUGGCCGCAGUUGUGACAUCGUGGAGCACGCCUGUCUCUCCUCUCCAUGUGAGAAUGGUGGAACAUGUGUUGAAGACCCGACAGGCUUUAGCUGCGUGUGUGCGCCGGGCUGGACGGGACCUUCCUGUGCCUCCGCAGUGUUGCAGUGUGACUCCAAUCCUUGUGGGCGUGGAGCCACGUGUCAAGAGACGCCGCAGGGUUUCCAGUGUGUGUGUCCUCCAUUCUGGACCGGCAGAACCUGCCAGCUCGACACUAAUGAAUGUGAGACUGGUGUGUGUGUCAAUGCCCGUUCCUGCCGAAACCUGAUUGGAGGAUAUUUGUGUGACUGCCUUCCCGGUUGGUCGGGACCAAACUGUGACAUCCGGAACAGUAGCUGCCAGGGCUUUUGUCUGAACGGAGGACACUGUAAAGACUCUCAGUGUGUGUGUUUGCCGGGUUUCUCUGGUAAACUGUGCCAGGCAGCAGUAAAUGCCUGUGACAGCAGCCCUUGUGUAAAUGGAGGGCAGUGUGUGGAGCGUCAGGGUGGCAGAGACAUGUUCUGCUGCUGCCCGCUGGGAUACACUGGCAACUACUGUGAGGUAGAACUUGAUCAUUGUAAUCCUAACCCCUGCCCCAAGGGGGUGCCAUGCCAUAGUACAGAAGGGGGCUACAAGUGCACAUGUCCUGAGGGUUACUUUGGAAAUGAUUGCCUGAGCCUGAAGGAUCCAUGCCAUGAACCCCACUGCCAAGGUGCAGUGUCAGACCCAGGUGGAGGUGGGUUCAGUGUUUAUAUGGUGUUGGUGGGGGUAUUUGCCCUGCUUGUGGCAGGCAGCUGCUCUGUGUGUGCUCUACUGCUGUCCCGCCUGCACCGCCGCCACCGGACCAAAGCGCAGUUACGUACUUCAGCACCUGAGGACAACGCCAUCAACAACCAGCGGCAGUUCUGCACUCUCAUCCGUAACCUCGACCACAGCGUGGCCCUGCUGCCUCCUGCCCAAACGGUGCCCACCUCAGUGCCCACUGUGCCCAUGCCAGUGCUCUGCAGUGAAGAGAUUGAGCUUACACAUCCCUCACCUGCACCCUCUCCAGCUCUAAAACAAGCCCACGGGCCCAAGCUGGACAUUUGCAACCGUGAACGGGAAAAACUAAACCGUUUCCACUAUGCAGAGAACCAGGAACUGGAGGUGUGACCGCACUUUGACUGCUGGGAAGGAACCUGACUUCUUAGUUCGGAGGAUCUGUCGUGGUUGAUGCCUCUGCUGGUGAACCUUCACCUCGGAGUUAUAGAGAUCUGAGAGGGUUGAAACUGGGAAGGGAAUUUUGGCACAGUCACGGGGUGAAGAAACUGACAGACAGGGUCCAAAAUUUUAACACACUUGCCAAUGGUGGGUAAACUGAGAAUAUUUAAUAGCCAUAAACCUUUUUAAUCAGUCAUGACACUGUAUUUAUUUUCAUGAAAUUCCUUUAUUCUAAUAGAAUAUGUUUUUAGAUAUACGUUUUCCCAUUUGUAUUAUUUAACUUUUUUUUCAUGAGAUGAUACUGCACAUAAAAAUGUAAAGUUACAAAAUAUGUGACCUUGGAGCACAAAACCAGUCAUAAGUAACUCAAGUAUAUUUGUAGCAAUAGCCAAAAUACAUUGUAUGGGUCAAAAUUACUGAUUUUUAAGUAUUAUGAUUAUUAAGUAAAAAUCUAAUUCCAUGAAGAUAUUUUGUACAUUUCCUACUGUAAAUAUAUAAUAACAUAAUUUUUGAUUAGUAAUAUUCACAGCUAAGAACUUCUUUGGACAACUUUAAAGGUGAUUUUCUCAGUUUUUCGAUUUUUUUUGCACCCUCAGAUUCCAGAUUCAACAAAGCAUGCUAACAAAGCAUACAUCAAUGGAAACCUUGUACCGUAUUUUCCGGACUAUAAGUCACACUUUUUUUCAUAGUUUGCCCGACUUAUUUAUCAAAAUUAAUUUGACAUGAACCAAGAGAAAAACAUUACCGUCGACAGCCGCCAGAGGGCGCUCUAUGUGGCUCAUUGCUCCUGUAGUGUACACUGAGCAGCAUAGAGCGCCCUUUGGCGGCUGUCGACGGUAAAGUUUUUCUCGUGGUUCUUGGUUCUAGAUAAAUGCGAUUUAUAGUCCAGUGCGACUUAUAUAUGUUUUUUUCCUCAUCAUGACGUAUUUUUGGACUGAUGCGACUUAUACUCAGGUGCGACUUAUAGUCCGAAAAAUAAGGUAUGUAGAAAUCUCAGUUUCAGACAAUUAACCCUAUUACUGGUUUUGUGGUCAAGGGCCAUAUAUAGCAUCACAAAAUUUUGGUCAUUUCAUAAAUUGCGUUUUUGAGGCUUAUUUUUUAGACCGUUUGAUUUUAAUCGCUCACGUAAUUUCCAUCAGUUUAAAAUAUUUACAUUAUUUACCCCCACAUUUUGCACUUGGCAAGCAUUAAUUGUGGACCCUGUCUGGUUCCUUGAAAAAUGUGUUUGAAAGAAAAGCAAGUGUUUUUAAGGCCAGCAAUUCAACUUCUUUGAAUUCUGGAUAUUUAAUUGUGUUUUCUUGUGUUUACAUUUGUGCCCAAUAUAUUUGUACACAUUUGUUUGAUUGUUAGUGUGCGAGUGUUUGUGAGCUUGUAAGUCUAUAUGUAUGACUGUGUUUGCCAUAAAUUUCCACAAAGCCAUGCACAUUAUUGGAACUCCCUGAUUUUUUAUUUUUUUUUACUCAUGUAAAAACAGUAUAUUAGUGUCUGUGAUUGACAUUUGAAGGAAUUAUGGCGAAAGAUAGCACCACCGACUGAAAAAGUGCCAGCUGACAUCUUUAAAAAUUGUCAUGUUGGAGAUGUACAAGAUGUAUGAUUUUUAUAUUUUACUUGGAUGUAUAUAGCGCCAUUGUACAUAUUUUGUACAUAAUGUUUUUUUUUUGCCAUUUUUCUAUGCCGACUACUUGCAAAAUAUCCCCACUUUAAUUUCCUGGUUUCACUAUUUCCACUCAAGAUGGUAUUUGCCACAAGAUCAAAAAUUUAAGUGGAAUUAAAGUGCAUUUAUUAACCAAAGCAUGUGUUUCAGUGCGUGUAUGCUGUACAGCAUUUGGUAUAUCGGGGUGUGUGUGUGUGUGUUUGGUAAUCUUGUUCUGUAUUACUGAUGCUUCUUUAUUGUCUAAUUGCCAUUUGGUAAGCUGUGUGAAGUAAAUAAAAGGAAAUUUGGUCACAGUG